AUGGCGUCACUGGAUGUAGCUAAGCAGAUGCAGGUCCCUUGUGGUAGGGAGAUGAACCAUCAACGCAUGUUGAGUGGUGAUAUUUGCUGUGCUAGUGACUGUGGAAAUGCUCUUGGUGUUGAUCAUGAGCCUCUUGGUGUUGAUCAUGAGGCUCUUGUUGUUGAUCACGAGGCUCAUGGUGUAGAUUACGAGGCUGUUGGUGUUGAUCACGAGGCUGACAGUGUUGAUCACCAUGCUCUUGGUGUUGAUCAUGUGGCUCUUGGUGUUGAUCACCACGCUCUUGGUGUUGAUCACGAGGCUCUUGGUGUUGAUCACGAGGCUCUUGGUGUUGAUCACCAUGCUCUUGGUGUUGUUCAAGAGGCUGACGAGGCUAAUGGUGUUGACCAUCGGGGUCUAAGUGCUGAUCAUAAAGCUCUUGGUGUUGGUCACGAGGCUCUUGGUGUUGGUCACGAGGCUCUUGGUGUUGGUCACGAGGCUCUUGGUUUUAACAACGAGGCUCUUGGUUUUAAAAACGAGGCUCUUGUUGUUAAUCAUGAGGCUCAUGGUGUUGAUCAUGGGGCUAUUGGUGUUGAUCACCAUGCUCUUGGUGUUGAUCACCAUGCUUUUGGUGUUGAUCACAAGACUCUUGGUGAUGAUCACGAGGCCCUUGGUGUCGAUCAUGAGGCUCUUGGUGUUGAUUAUAGGACUCUUGGUGUUGAUCACGAGGCUUUGGUGUUGAUCGUGAGGCUUUUGGGCUUGAUCACUAGGCUCUUGGUGUUAAUCACGGGAGGCUCUUAG